UCUCAGCCAUUUUAGCUGUGCAUGGGAAGAAAAAAAAAUUUUUUUAAGAAAAAAAAAAAAAAGAGAAAUGAAAUAAGUCCCCACUGAGUCAAUCCCUGAUGGAUGCUGCCACCUGAGGGAGGUUAAGUCACCUGCUUCUUCUCUAGAGAUGAAGCCAUCGACCCGCUUAUUCCUUGGUCAAAAAGCAGCAGAGAUGUGCCUGCCUCUUGGUGCCACAAGCUACGAAGGGAGAGAGGAAACAUGGCUGGGGAAAGGGCUGGUUCCUGAAAGCCCAAGGAGCCUUCUUGUCCACCCCUCAGAACAGGUGUCAGGCAUAGCCUCACCUGAGCCUCCCUUCUUAACUUCCGGGGUGCUCUGUGAGAGCAGGAGUGGGGGCCAAAUGAAAACCCCAAGAAAGUACUGCUUGUGUGCCUGAGCUGAGCAGCCCCUCCUCAGGACUGAGGAAGGACUGAGAGGUCCCUAGAGAGCCAAGGGGAGGGGACUACGCUGUGAGUUGAGAGGCUGAGGUCAGACCCCCACCCUCUUGUCUCAGCAGAUGACAAAGACAGCGUUCCUUCCAGCUCCCGCCAUCCUGUCAGAGCUGUCUUUCUGGGGAACCAUCUCUCCCAGCCCCCCAGCUUUCUGAAGGUAACCACCAGGCUUCUGUCCCUGCAGGACCUCCACGUCCAGAUGGCUGAGUAGCGUUCUCUAUUGGUCCCCUCCUCUCUGGCCCAGGGGCAGUCAAGGGCAGAGAUGGAGAAGUGGGCAGGCAGGCCCAGUCUGUGUGUGCUGCUGCUUCUGUCCCUUCCCCAGCUCUGCUUGGAUCAGGAGGUGUUGUCUGGAUAUUCUCUUCAGACACCCCCAGAGGAGGGCCAGGUCCCUGAGGGUGCCUGGGGACACUGGGACCAGUGGGCCUCUUGCUCCCAGCCCUGUGGGGUGGGGGUGCAGCGCAGAAGCCGGACAUGUCAACUUCGCCCGGACUUGUCCCCCCUGCUCCGACCCCCAAGACAUCCAGAAGCCCUCCGCUCAGGGGGUCAGGGCCCCAGGCCCCAGACUUCCCGAGAAGCCCAUCCCCUGUACAGGCCACAGCCUCAGGGAAGGGGUGGGCCACUUCAGGGUCCUGCUUCCCAGCCAAGGAGAGAGGAGCCCCAGGAGACUCAAGGAACCCGGAGGUCCCGGGUUCGAGACCCCAUCAAGCCAGGAAUGUUUGGUUAUGGGAGAGUGCCCUUUGCCUUGCCGCUGCAUCGGAGUCGCAGGCAUCCCCGAAGGCUGCCUGGGUCUGAGCUCCCCAAGACCUCUUCUGGUGGGGAACGGACCCUUCCAUCCCAGACUCCAAGAGCAGAGAUAUUCUCUGCAAACCAUGGCCCCCAAACUCAGCUCCUUCCUACAGAACUGUCUGUCCAUCCCCCAUCCCUCCCAGCAGAGCCCCCACAACCUGAAACUGCUCAGACAGGGGUGUCCCACAGAUCCAGUCCUGCCCCCACACAGCCCCAGCCCAGAGCCCAGGCCUCUGGCAGGAGGCCCAGUUCACCCACCUCUUCACCAGGAGAAAGUGGCUCCUUCCAUGAGUCCCCUCAGCCAAGAAUGCCAACUUCCUGGGGUAGAGCCAGUCCCCAGGUAGCAGGGAGACGCCCAGAGCCUUUUCCUUCUGUCUCUUGGAGCCACAGCCGAGGCCAGCAGAGCCAAGGGCUCUGGAGACCUGGGGGCCAUCCUCACAGGUCUGUUGUGGAGCCUGCCCCUCACCACCCAGAAGGCUGGUUGCCUCUGCUGAGUUCCGGUCCCCACUCCAGCUCCCUCUGGAGCCUCUUUGCUCCCAGUAGCCUUGUCCCAAAAUGCUCUGGGGAGAGUGAGCAGCUGAGAGCCUGCAGCCAAGGGCCCUGCCCCCCUGAGCAGCCAGACCCCCGGGCCCUGCAGUGUGCAGCUUUUAACUCCCAGGAAUUCAUGGGCCAGCUGUACCAGUGGGAGCCCUUCACUGAAGUUCAGGGGUCCCAACGCUGUGAACUGAACUGCCGCCCCCAUGGCUUCCGCUUCUAUGUCCGUCACACCGAAAAGGUCCAGGAUGGAACCCUGUGCCAGCCCGGAGCCCCCGACAUUUGUGUGGCUGGACGCUGUCUGCGCCCUGGCUGUGAUGGAAUCCUUGGCUCUGGCAGGCGACCAGAUGGCUGUGGAGUUUGUGGAGGUGAUGAUUCUACCUGUCGCCUCAUUUCUGGGAACCUCACGGACCGAGGGGGUCCCUUGGGCUAUCAGAAGAUCCUGUGGAUUCCAGCUGGAGCCCUCCGGCUCCAGAUUGCUCAACUCCGGCCCAGCUCCAAUUACCUUGCACUUCGAGGCCCUGGGGGCCGCUCCAUCAUCAAUGGGAACUGGGCCGUGGAUCCCCCGGGGUCCUACACCGCUGGUGGGACGGUCUUUCAGUACAACCGUCCUCCUCGGGAGGAAGGCAAGGGGGAGAGUUUGUCAGCUGAAGGCCCCACCACCCACCCUGUGGAUGUCUAUAUGAUCUUUCAGGAGGACAACCCAGGUGUUUCUUAUCAGUAUGUCAUCUCUUCACCUCCUCUGGUCCUCACUACAGUUCCCCCUGUCUCCCAACUUCAGCCUGAGAUGCUGAGGGGGGAGCCUCCACCGCCUCCAGUGCCCCGCCCAGCCCGGACCCCAGGCACCCUCCAACGUCAGGUGCGGAUUCCCCAGAUGCCUGCCCCAUCCCCUAUCAGGACAGCCCCAGAGUCUCCAGCUGGAUACUGGAAACAAGUGGGGCACUCCGAGUGCUCAGCGUCCUGUGGGAAAGGUGUUUGGCGCCCUGUGUUCCUCUGCGUUUCCCGUGAGUCAGGAGAGGAACUGGACGAACACAGCUGUGCUGUGGGUGCCAGACCCCCAGCCUCCCCUGAACCCUGCCACGGCCCUCCGUGCCCCCCAUACUGGGACGCAGGUGAGUGGACAUCCUGCAGCCGCUCCUGUGGCCCCGGCACCCAGCACCGCCAGCUGCACUGUCGGCAGGAGUUUGGAGGGGGUGGCUCAUCCGUGCCUCCUGAGCGCUGUGGACAUCUCCCCCGGCCCAACGUCACCCAGCUUUGCCAGUUGCGCCUCUGUGGCCAUUGGGAGGUCACCUCUCCCUGGAGCCAGUGCUCUGUGCGGUGCGGUCGAGGCCAGAGGAGCCGGCAGGUCCGCUGUGUUGGAAACAGCGGUGAUGAAGUGAGCAAGCAGGAGUGUGCUUCCGGCCCCCCCCAGCCCCCCAGCAGAGAGGCCUGUGACAUGGGGCCCUGUACCACAGCCUGGUUCCACAGCGACUGGAGCUCCAAGUGCUCAGCCGAGUGUGGGACAGGCAUCCAGCGUCGUUCUGUGGUCUGCCUCGGGAGUGGGGAAAGCCUCAGGGAGGGCCAGGGGGAAGCAGGAGCAGGAACCAGUGAGCAGAGCUGUCCUCCAGGAAGCCGCCCCCCUGACAUGCGAGCCUGCAGCCUGGGUCCCUGCGAGAGGACAUGGCGCUGGUACACGGGGCCCUGGGGUGAGUGCUCCUCAGAAUGUGGCUGGGGUACGCAGCGUAGAGAUGUCAUCUGCGUGUCCAAACUGGGGGCCGAGUUCAAUGUCACUUCUCCUAGCAACUGUUCCCACCUGCCCAGGCCCCCUGCCCUGCAACCAUGUCAGGGCCAGGCCUGCCAGGACCGGUGGUUUUCCACGCCCUGGAGUCCGUGUUCCCACUCCUGCCAGGGAGGCACGCAGACCAGGGAGGUCCAGUGCCUGAGUGCCAACCAGACUCUCAGCGCCCGAUGUCCUCCUCACCUAAGACCUGCCAGGAAACGACCUUGUAAUAGCCAACCCUGCGGCCAGCGCCCUGAUGAUCAAUGCAAGGACAGCUCUCCACAUUGCCCCCUGGUGGUGCAGGCCCGGCUCUGCGUCUAUCCGUACUACACAGCCACCUGCUGCCGUUCUUGCGCCCAUGUCCUGAAGCCGUCCCCAGAGGAGCCUGCUUGAGCUGGGUCAAGGAGACCCUCUCCUGGUUUUCUCAUGCCAGCAUUGGUCACCCAUCUAUCAGCCCGCUCUGUAUCCUGGCUCUCCAGCCUGUCCCAGUCUCACCAGGGAUGUCCUCCAGGGUGACUGAGGGUGGCAAGGUGACUGACUGACAGUGACGACAUGUCAAGACGUGUGGUUGUCUGUAUUGUGGUGUGAUAGUGUGCAUACACAUACACUGUGUGUGGUGUGUGCCCUCAUAUAUGUGUAUCACUUCCCAGAAAGCAGUUCUGCAGACAGAAGGACCGGGGAGGGGGCUGUACUUGUUUAUCUGAGGCUUUUCCAAGCUGAGAGGAGAGCAAGGUUGCAGUUCUAUACUAACCUGAGCUACUUAGAGUAUGGUCUCCUCAUCAAUUCCAGCUUUGUGCCAUCAGGUCUCACAUCUUCUAAGCCACCUUUGUCGCUGAUCUUUGUCUACCCUUACCUAGUCUCUCGAUCCCUCUCUCCCUAUAGCUAGGAAUUACCUUACCCUUGAAAGAAGUACUGCCUCCCCAAAGCAGGGACCAUCCGGGUAGAGGGUACAGAAGAGAAAUGUGGGCAUAAGACACCCUUGCCCCUGCCCCCACGUCACACCUCCUAAAGUGGUUCCCACCCCAGAACUAAUUUAUUUUUUAUUAAAGAUGAUUGUGACAAAUGAGAAACAUG